AUUCGUUACGCUCGUGCAGAACGUUUUGAGAGACCUCGCCCUGUAAGAGAAUCAUGGAAAGGUGUUAAGGAGAUGAAAACGUUUGGGAAAGUUUGUUGGCAGGAUAUGAGUUAUACGCCUCUUAAUCCUUUCAAUCCACCAAUCAAAGACAUGGAUGAAGAUUGUUUAAACCUCAACGUGUAUGUUCCUGCCGCCCCAUGUGACAGCAAAAGAGCUGUGAUGUUUUGGAUUCAUGGAGGUGGAUUUUUAAGCAACUCAAACAGAAUAGCUGAUGGCAGUUAUUUGGCAACAUUAGGAGAUGUUAUUGUUGUUGCAAUCAAUUACCGGCUAGAUAUGUUGGGCUUUCUCCAUCACAGACCAAGUGGUUUAAGAGGUAACUAUGGACUUUUUGACCAGCUGGAAGCCUUAAAGUGGGUGAAUCGAAACAUUGCAGCAUUCGGAGGUGAUCCAAAUCGGGUGACAAUAUUUGGUAACUCUGCUGGGGGUUUUAGUGUGUCUUCUCUCUGUUUGUCACCAUUGGCCCGCAGCCUUUUUAAAUACGCGAUUAUGCAGUCCGGGGUAGGAAAUUACCCAUUGGAUUCUCCACAUACCUUGCUUGACAAAGGAAACUUCACAAAUCCCGAAAGUACUAUUAUAGGCGUGGCCAGCGAUGAUGGAUCGUGUGUGACCAAUGCCAUACCGGAACUAUCGAAUCCUUAUAUCAACAUUAAAAGUGACAGCAUAACCAGAGAAUUCUUUCUUGAUGUUAUCAAUCCUCUAUUACCUGUAGUUAGCCACUUGGCUAGUUCUAAACGUUUCCUCCCAUUUUACAAAAAGUCUGUUAUUCAAGAGUACACUCCGUGGUCCAAUCUCAACAAAACACAUCAAAACCGACGCAUGAUUCUUGACUUUUUGAAAGACAGCGUGUUUAUCGCUCCAUCAAUUUAUCACGCAAAUGCAUUUGUCAAAAACGGUGCAAAAGUGUUUUUCUAUCAAGUGGACCAUGGUAUUGACAUGUCGGAUGGCUAUUUUACACAUCCACCGUUCUUAAAGGGUUAUCAUGAAACAGAGAAGUUUAUGGUGUUUGGAUUUCCAUUGAAAGCCUCACAUCCUCCACCAGCCGAUGUUGCAAUAUCCAAAAAAGUCAUAAAAAUGUGGUCAAACUUUGCAAAAACUGGAAAUCCUUACCCGUAUGAUACACAGAGUGAAGASUCCUGGCCUGAAUAYGAUCUAAACUCGAAAAAAUAUUUGUCAAUUGAACCCAAUUUGAAAGUAAAAAGCAACCUGCGACCUCGUCAAAUAGGAUUUUGGAACAAAUUUCUCCCUUUUUUGUAUAAGACCRCCUACGGAUCAUGUGUUACCAACUUUACCAGGUCUAACAUCAGCGAUUCUGACAGCGAUUUUGGCGCCGAGUUCGAAAGCGGGUCUGGCGGAGAGAUUGUUGGCGAGGAUUUUGAGGAGGAAUCUGGUUACAAUGGCUGAAGUCUAUUCCUUUCCUAGGUCUAUUCUAAGGGAUCUUGUCAAAAUAUAUCAAACAAUAAAAUGUUAAUGAGAAA